GGCAUUGCUUUGGUUUGGUUUGGUUUUGGGUCAAAUUUAGCGGCAAAACCAGAGUCUUCAGUCAGCCGCGAGAAGAGACGAUUCACUUACCAAUUUCAUUGUUCGAGUGUUUGUCGUUGAUUCAUUUUGUCAUCAAAUUUCUGAAACUUUUGAAAAUGGCUAUGGCGGGGUUGUAUAGGCGGAUUCUUCCUUCUCCUCCAGCGAUCGACUUCGCUUCCUCCGAAGGGAAGCAACUCUUCAUAGAAGCUGUUCAACAUGGGACUAUGGAAGGUUUUUAUAGGUUAAUCUCUUAUUUUCAAACACAAUCAGAGCCUGCAUAUUGUGGUCUGGCCAGCCUAUCAAUGGUAUUAAACGCACUUGCCAUUGAUCCAGGAAGAAAAUGGAAAGGACCUUGGAGAUGGUUUGAUGAAUCUAUGUUGGAUUGCUGUGAGCCAUUGGAAAAGGUUAAAGCUAGAGGCAUCUCAUUGGGAAAACUUGUAUGUCUGGCUAACUGUGCUGGAGCUAAAGUCCAAGCCUUUCGAACAAACCAAAGUACUAUAGAUGAUUUUCGUAAAUACAUACAUAGAUGCUCCACUUCUGAUGAUUGUCAUAUCAUUUCGUCUUAUCAUAGAGCAGCAUUGAAACAGACAGGAACUGGUCAUUUUUCGCCUAUUGGUGGCUAUCAUGUUGGGCAGGACAUGGCACUUAUUUUGGACGUUGCACGCUUUAAGUAUCCUCCUCACUGGGUUCCGGUCAAACUUCUUUGGAAAGGUAUGGAACACGUGGAUGAAGCAACAGGACAACAUAGAGGGUUCAUGCUUAUAUCUAGGCCGCACAGGGAGCCAGGAUUGCUCUAUACUCUGAGCUGUAAACAUGAGGACUGGGUUAACAUAGCGAAGUACUUGAUGGAUGAUGUUCCUCUUCUCUUGAAGUCAGAGGACCUUAAAGACACACAGGAUGUUUUAACUGUUAUUUUUGCAUCACUGCCCUUAAAUUAUAGUGAUUUUAUCAAGUGGAUUGCUGAGGUCCGAAGGACAGAAGAUAGUGGUCAAAGUUUAAGCCCAGAGGAGAAAGCAAGGCUUGCUCUGAAGGAAGAGGUGUUGAAACAGGUACAGGAGACUGACCUUUUCAAACACGUAGGACAAUGUCUGUCUCUAGAAAGUUCGUGCCACAAGAUGGUCACAUUGUCUCAUGAAAACAAUUUGCCUGAGAUUGCUGCGGGUGUAUGUUGCCAAGGAGCAGAAAUAUUGAACGGGAAUGCAGGCGUCUCAGCUGGUUAUUGCUGUCGUGAAACAUGUGUGAGAUGCUUCAGUGCUAAUGGCGACAAGCCUGUUACAGUUGUGUGUGGAAUGGUUGUUAAUGGCAACGAUGAACAGGAGUUUGACAUGUUGGUUCCAUCAUCAUCUCAAGUAAGAUCUGGAUGCUGCUUUUCUGGCUCGAAAAAUGGAAUCGGGAUUCAUCCAGCCACUAGUGAUGUGUUGACAACACUUCUUCUUGCCUUGCCCGCGGAAACAUGGAUUGGUAUAAAAGAAGAGAAGCUUUUGCGGGAACUACAGAAACUUGUUUGCACGGAAAAUUUUCCCACCUUGCUUCAAGAAGAGGUUUUGCACUUGCGGCGUCAGCUCCAUCUUCUCAAAAAAUACCAGGAGAACAAGGUCGAUCUGGAUCUAAGUGCACCACCUCCUUCUUAGCGAGAAGCCAGGCCAGUUACUCUUCCUUCCCUUAAUCAAACAGUGCCUACAAAAAUUGUUGUGGAGAAUUGAAUUUAUUUAUAUGAGGCCCCAAAUCAAAGUGUCGAUCAAGAUAUCACAACCUUGUAACAGUUAGCUGAAGACUGAAGUGGCCAUUGCAGAAGAUUUUUGGUGUGUUGAUUCAAGUGAAUUAGUGU